AUUUUUAUAGGUUGCAAGAAAAAUCCUAACUGUCCCACGUAUUUGUGGUAUUUAGUUGUUAAUAUAGAAAUAAAUCAUUAUUUGAAUAGAAAUGAUAUAUUUAAUUUCAAUAAACAUGUAAAUGUGUUAUAAUCUAUGCAAUAACUCUGUGUUGGGGAUUUCUUCUGCAGUGGUUAAGCUUAUGACUUUCCUUUCAGUUCUCUCUUAACCCCUUGGCUGCAUAGUAUAAUUAGGUAGCAACAGUUGCCAUGUCGACGCAGUUUGAGUAAUGACACAAACUCACUUCAAGGCAAGCACAGCCAAAGCAGCUUGCUGCACAAGAAGACUCUUUGUUCUGCAACAUAAAAAAUGAAAAAAGCAUCCACCUCACAAGAUGACAAAAUCAAGGAUGCCAAAAUCAUCUUUGUUGUGGGUGGACCUGGCUCUGGUAAGGGAACCCAGUGUGAAAAGAUAGUUGCAAAGUAUGGCUACACUCACUUGUCUUCUGGAGAUCUGCUACGUGCGGAAGUGGCCUCUGGCUCUGAAAGGGGCAAGCAGCUCCAGGCCAUCAUGCAGAAAGGGGAGCUUGUUCCUCUGGAUACAGUCUUGGACAUGAUUAAGGAUGCCAUGAUCGCCAAGGCUGAUGUCUCAAAGGGGUUUCUCAUUGACGGCUAUCCUCGUGAGGUCAAACAGGGAGAGGAGUUUGAGAAGAAGAUUGGCAAACCCUGCCUGCUGCUGUACGUCGACGCGAAAGCAGAAACCAUGGUCAAGAGACUAUUGAAGCGCGGGGAGACCAGCGGUCGCUCUGACGACAAUGAAGAGACCAUUAAGAAACGCCUGGACUUGUAUUACAAGGCAACGGAGCCAGUCAUCACUUUCUAUGAGGGCCGUGGCAUUGUGAAGAAGGUGGAUUCUGAGCUGGCAGUGGAUGACGUCUUUGCCCAGGUUUCCAAGGCUAUUGAUGCACUGUAGUAAAACAACAUAACUGGA